ACUACUACUUUGCACAAUAUAUAUAUAUAAUAUAAUUCCUGCUCUUCUCAUUCUCAACUCUCUCUCUCUCCCUUCCACACCUCCUCCAUUCCCUUAUUACUCGUCAUUCUUUCAUUCUCUCCCUUCAUUAAUUCAUUCCUCCCCCGGAAAGCUUCCUCGUCAUUCUGAUGCGAGGAGACGAUGAUCUGCUCUCCCCUCCCAUGAUCUCCUUCAAACUGCACCACCGUCGCCGCCUGUUGGAUCUGACAUUCUCUUAAAGGAUCUCCUGGAUAGAAACAAAGUUGGGUAAAUUAAAUCCAACGGAAUAAUUUUAUUUGUAGAGAUUAAGAUUUUGGAUUGGCGUCUAAAGAUUUCGUUUCGAGAUGAUGACUCCGAAGUCGUUCAAGGUCAGCCGAUCGAAUUUAUCAAUCAGUUCAGAUGCGACGGACUCUCAGAAGCCGCCGGUGCCUCCGACGGUGACAUUCGGGAGGAGAACAUCGUCGGGAAGGUACGUGAGCUACUCGAGAGACGACCUCGACAGCGAGAUCGGAAGCAGCGACUUCAUGAGCUACACGGUCCACAUCCCGCCGACGCCGGACAACCAGCCGAUGGACCCGUCCAUCUCGCAGAAGGUGGAGGAGCAGUACGUCUCCAACUCCCUCUUCACCGGCGGCUUCAACAGCGUCACCAGGGCCCACCUCAUGGACAAGGUCAUCGACUCCGAGGCCAGCCACCCGCAGAUGGCCGGCUCCAAGGGCUCCGGCUGCGCCGUCCCCGGCUGCGACGCCAAGGUCAUGAGCGACGAGCGCGGCGUCGACAUCCUCCCUUGCGAGUGCGACUUCAAGAUCUGCCGCGACUGCUACAUCGACGCCGUCAAGACCGGCGGCGGCAUCUGCCCCGGGUGCAAGGAGCCGUACAGGAACACCGAGCUGGAUGAGGUCGCCGUCGACGACGACAAUUCUCGCCCGCUCCCGCUUCCUCCGCCUGGCACCAUGUCCAAGAUGGAGCGCCGCCUCUCCCUCAUGAAAUCCACCAACAACAAGUCCGUGCUCAUGAGGAGCCAGACUGGGGAAUUUGAUCACAACCGCUGGCUCUUCGAGACCAGGGGAACUUACGGAUACGGAAACGCUAUUUGGCCCAGUGACAAGGAUGACGAUGUUCAUCAGCAGCCUAAAGACUUGAUGUCCAAACCUUGGAGGCCUCUCACCCGUAAAUUGAAGAUACCUGCUGCUGUUAUCAGCCCAUACAGACUUCUUGUCGUCAUUAGAAUCAUCGCCCUUGGUUUGUUUUUGCAAUGGAGGGUGGCCCAUCCCAACCAGGAUGCAGUCUGGCUGUGGGGGAUGUCAAUUGUCUGUGAGAUUUGGUUUGCUUUUUCUUGGCUACUUGACCAACUCCCCAAGCUCUGUCCAAUCAACCGAGCCACGGAUCUGAAUGUGUUGAAGGAGAAAUUUGAAACCCCUACCCUCAGCAACCCGACAGGAAAGUCGGAUCUUCCAGGGGUAGAUGUAUUUGUCUCCACUGCGGAUCCCGAGAAAGAACCCCCUCUCGUCACUUCAAAUACCAUCUUGUCGAUCUUGGCUGCCGACUACCCUGUUGAAAAGCUUGCAUGUUACGUUUCUGAUGAUGGUGGUGCACUUCUGACCUUUGAGGCCAUGGCUGAAGCUGCUAGUUUUGCCAACAUUUGGGUUCCCUUCUGCCGUAAGCAUGAAAUAGAGCCUAGGAAUCCAGAGUCCUACUUUAACCUGAAGAGGGAUCCCUACAAGAACAAAGUGAAAUCAGACUUUGUCAAGGACCGCAGAAGAGUUAAGCGGGAGUAUGACGAGUUCAAGGUCCGAAUCAAUGGUUUGCCUGAUUCCAUUCGUCGUCGUUCUGAUGCAUAUCACGCAAGGGAAGAAAUCAAAGCCUUGAAGCUUCAGAGGCAGAACAGGGAGGAUGAACCGGUUGACAGUGUCAAGAUUCCAAAGGCUACAUGGAUGGCUGAUGGUACUCACUGGCCUGGCACUUGGAUGACUCCUGGACCUGAGCACUCUAAAGGAGAUCAUGCUGGCAUUAUUCAGGUGAUGCUGAAACCUCCAAGCGACGAACCAUUACAUGGGGGUUCCGACGAAGCUAAGAUCAUUGACCUCACUGAAGUAGACAUUCGUCUGCCGCUUCUUGUUUAUGUUUCCCGGGAGAAGCGCCCUGGGUAUGAUCAUAACAAGAAGGCAGGAGCCAUGAAUGCUCUGGUUAGAGCUUCUGCCAUCAUGUCCAACGGCCCUUUCAUUCUCAACCUGGACUGCGACCAUUACAUAUACAACUCCGAGGCACUGAGGGAAGGCAUGUGCUUCAUGAUGGAUCGAGGUGGGGAUCGCCUCUGUUAUGUUCAGUUCCCCCAGAGGUUUGAAGGUAUCGACCCCUCUGACAGAUAUGCCAACCACAAUACUGUCUUCUUUGAUGUCAACAUGCGGGCUCUCGACGGACUUAUGGGACCUGUCUAUGUGGGGACCGGAUGCCUCUUCAGAAGGAUUGCUUUGUAUGGGUUCGACCCUCCUCGAUCAAAAGAGAACCAUCCAGGCUGCUGCAGCUGCUGUUUCUCCAGCCGUCGAAAGAAGCAUUCCUCAGUUGCACACACUCCGGAAGAGAAUAUGUCAUUGAGGAUGGGUGAUUACGACGAUGAAGAAAUGAACCUCUCGCUGCUGCCCAAGAAGUUUGGUAACUCAACCUUCCUCAUCGACUCAAUCCCAGUGGCGGAGUUUCAAGGACGCCCGCUUGCAGAUCACCCAGCUGUGAAGAAUGGACGCCCACCUGGCGCUCUGACCAUUGCCCGUGAUCUUCUCGAUGCAUCUACGGUUGCUGAGGCAAUCAGUGUGAUAUCCUGCUGGUACGAGGACAAAACGGAGUGGGGUCAGCGAACUGGUUGGAUUUAUGGGUCGGUCACUGAAGAUGUGGUGACAGGUUACAGGAUGCACAACAGAGGCUGGAAAUCUGUUUACUGUGUCACCAAGCGUGAUGCUUUCCGAGGCACGGCACCUAUUAAUCUCACGGACAGGCUCCACCAGGUGCUGAGGUGGGCCACCGGUUCAGUCGAGAUCUUCUUCUCCCGCAACAAUGCACUGCUCGCAAGCUCAAGGAUGAAAUUCCUCCAGAGAAUAGCGUACCUCAACGUCGGCAUAUACCCAUUCACGUCGGUGUUUCUGAUCGUCUACUGCUUCCUGCCAGCGCUCUCCCUGUUCUCGGGGCAGUUCAUCGUGCAGUCCCUGAACGUGACUUUCCUCGUGUACCUGCUCAUCAUUUCGGUGACGCUGUGCAUGCUGGCAGUGUUGGAGAUCAAGUGGUCCGGGAUAGAGCUGGAGGAGUGGUGGAGGAACGAGCAGUUCUGGCUGAUAGGUGGGACCAGCGCUCACCUGGCAGCGGUGCUCCAGGGUCUGCUGAAGGUGGUGGCCGGGAUUGAGAUCUCCUUCACUCUGACCUCAAAGUCGGGAGGGGAUGACGUGGACGAUGAGUUUGCGGAUCUGUACAUCGUGAAGUGGACGUCGCUGAUGAUACCGCCGAUUGUGAUCAUGAUGGUGAAUCUGAUUGCGAUUGCGGUGGGGGUGAGCAGGACGAUAUACAGCGUGAUUCCGCAGUGGAGCAGGCUGCUGGGAGGGGUGUUCUUCAGCUUCUGGGUGCUGGCUCAUCUCUAUCCAUUUGCCAAGGGGCUGAUGGGGAGGAGAGGGAGGACGCCGACGAUCGUGUUCGUGUGGUCGGGGCUGGUGGCUAUCACCAUAUCUUUGCUUUGGGUGGCCAUCAAUCCUCCAUCGAACACUAACCAAAUUGGGGGAUCCUUCCAGUUCCCCUGAUCACGAACUAGGUUUUCUUUCCUCGUCAGCUACUUCUGCUAGGCCCUCCUCUUUACUCAUACUCCUGCAACCUUUGGCUGCUUGAUUUUGACGUGAUUGUCAGCCGUUAUUCCUUCAUUAAAUUAUUUCUACUAUAUAUUGGUUCUCUUUUUCUUCAAUUUUUUUUUUUUUUUGUAACUGUGACCGAACAAACAGAAGUAUAUGUCUUUCUAUCCCUUUUGUAAUGGGAAGUUUGAUUUAGUGUUGAUCAAUCUUACAGCAGGUGAUUAGUGAAAGUUGGUUCUGCAAAC